AUGAAUCUUACAACAUUUGGAAUGGGCGUUAACCACACCGAUGUUCCUCUGCUGCAGAAAAAUCCGCCAUUGGCAAUUACAUAUAUCACAAUCCUCAGUGUCUGCGGUGUUUCUGGAACUUUUGGAAACAUCCUGGUGAUCGUCUCGAUCUUGGCUACAAAGAAAAUUCGGACUAUUGGGAACAUGUUUAUCUUGAAUCUGGCUGUGGCUGAUCUCCUUGUGUGUUCUGUGUUGGACAGUUCCGCUGUUACAGGUGCCAUCUUGGGAAAGAUGUUUUAUGACGACCGUCCUGUCCUGUGUGAGGUAGCUGGUGGGCUUGUGGUUAUCUCGUGCUUGGCCUCUAUCGCUGGCGUAGCACUUGUCAGCUUUCAUAGAUUCGUCCAUAUUUGUUUCUCAGUAUACUGUGACAAACUGUUCACCAGGCUAUCCACAAGUGUUCUGAUCGCUGUUGUCUGGACAAUUACUAUCCUCUCUGACGUUCGCUAUCUCCUCAAAUGGCACAGCCGGGGUCACGGUUUUGACUUCAAAGUGGAACAGUGUUUUUACGAUCGUCAUGCUAAUUCCGUGAUUCUUAAAAUAUUCGCUCUGUUGGCUUUCGUGGCCGUUACUGUAUCAUAUUCAGCUAUCUUUUGCUUUGUCAGAAGCCAUCGGCUGAUGAGUCAAGCUCGGCAGUCAGACUCGAUCAAGCUGGCCCACACUUCACUGGUAAUAGUCAUCAGUGUGUAUGUAUGUAUAAUGCCGUACACCGUUGUUACCAUCAUCGACAAAACGGACUCUCUCGGGCAGGAAGUAUAUUUGUUGACCAUCGCGAUUGCUUAUCUAAGCUCCAGUCUCAACUGGAUGAUUUACGGACUGGCAAACCAACAAUUCCGAGCCGCCUUCAAAAACACCCUAAAUUCCAUAAAAUGUUGGAAGUAAAAUCCACGGGGAUUAUGAGAUGAUGUGCCAGGGGCUGAAGGGACUCCGAUUCAUUACAGAAUGACAACUUGAUGGAAGGAUAAUUCUGUUUUUUGUUAACCCAACUUGUUUUCCUGAUCUGAUCUUCAAUCGAAGAUUUUACCCAUGGGGACGAUGUGAACUUCCAGGAUUUUAAAGUACUUUGUAUAUUUCAUUUAUGGCCUAUAUGGCUCUCUUGUGUUCCUAAGAGUUCCGCACUGAGUGUGUGUGGAGACGAAAGUGUUACAAUGUCUGAACUGAGUUUGUUAAGUGCAUGUAUUGGAGUUUGUAUUUAAAAUAGCCUUGUCAUAGAGAAAAGUAACUGGCCGAAACAAGAGGAAAUCGUAUUGUGGUUUGAACCAGCAUAGGAUAAGUGUUACUAAUUCGACCCGAGACAAUGUGGACAAUUUGGCCAACAUUAUUUAUUUGAUUGGUGUAUUAGGCUUUACUUAAGGAUAUUUCACUUAUACAACGGUAGCCAGCAUUAAGGUGG